ACCACCGUAGAAUGCGUGCUACUUUUUUCAGUAACAGGAGUCCCUAGAAGCGUUCAUGCAAUUACGUAUAGAGAUAGCCACCGCUAUACCUGUAGCAUUAAUAGCAGGCCAGUAGUAAUAGCAGAAGUGGUAGGAGGCUAGUUUCAGAAUUUCAUUAACACUCGGCCUGCAGUAACCGAGGCAUGUGCUUCAACUCAGACCCUCAGUCGGCAGGUAACAGAAAGGGUCUGUUCCUUGGAGCUAAACCCACAGCCGUGCGAAUCUCUGGGGCUAAAUUGAGCCGCCGCGCCUCCCCAGCGCUAACCCUAACCCCCAUCAGCGCUGUCCUUCAGAUGCUAAUCUCGUUAGCCAGGAUUUAGCCCUGCCUAAUCCGCACAGAUAGCUGCUUUCCCCACAGCGGGAAUCGAGACCCUAUCUCUGGGAUGCGGGACUGCUGCUGAGUGUGCAGCCUCUAGGAUGUUUAGCUGGGUGGUGAAAGUGGUUCCCCAGCCCCCUGAACCCCCAGCAAAACUCGGAGAGGAGAAGCCCAACGCCCCGGCUCCUGCUCCAAAUACAACAGUGACAGUAAAACAGGAAGUAAAGAAAGAAGAACUUAAGGCCAAGACAGAGGAAAGAGCCACAGAAACAGGAAACCAGACUGGUGUGCUCACCUGGAUCUCCCAUGGAUUCAUCAAUGCCCUGCCCCAGCCUGUGGGCACCCCAAAACUCGACAGGGCCAACCCUGAACCGGAGAAAACCAAAAAGGAGGAGAAUGCCGUGGACACCAGGCAAGGCCCUGGCGUCGUUGGCUGGAUCGCGCAGGGAUUGGCCAAAGUAGUUCCUUUUCUAGAAUCGUCCAAGGAUCCUCCUGACGUCGAAGAAACAACAGAGAUUUCAGAGGUCCGCAAGGACACGGAGAGUAAGACAGAGGCCAGUGCACCUGUAUUUGAGGCAAAAGAAAUGCCAGACGCGGAGCCCCUCCCCCACAUCCCCGUGGUGGAGGUGGUAUCGGAGGUGGAGCCCCCUGAAGAGGACACCAGCUUUCCCCCCAGGGUGCUGGGUUGGCUGAAGCAGGGCUUUGAGAAAGUGGUGCCCCAGCCCCCAGAGGUCCCGUCCCAAUGCAGCACGGAGCCCCCGCCCAACAAGGCCGAGCCUCCAGCAGAGCAAGCUGAGUCUAACAUGGAUACUAACUUCACAGUCCCCUCACCUCCCCCUGAACCACCAAAACCGGCAGAGAUAGAUGCCAAGGCCGCAAUUGUGGUGGGCUGGAUAGUCCAGGGACUGGGCCGAAUGGUACCGCAGCCCGUCACAAAGACCAAAGAGGGCGGGGAGUGCGCUGUCACUGUGCAAAAUGUCUGUACUGUACAGGAGCCGGUGGCCAUGGUACUGGAGGAUGUGGACUCGGACUGGGAGAACGAGGAUCACCCGGAGCAGCCAGACCAGGUUGAGCAGCCAGAGCAACGGAUGCAGCCUGGACAGCCAGAGCAGCUAGAACAGCCUGAGAAGCUAGAACAAAUCAAGGAGGAAGAACAGCCAGAGCAGCUAGAGCAAAUCAAGGAGGAAGAACAGCUAGAAGAGCCUGAGAAGCUAGAGGAAAUCAAAGAGGAAGAACAGCCAGAGCAGCUAGAGCAAACUAAGGAGGAAGAACAGCCAGAGCAGCUAGAGCAAACUAAGGAGGAAGAACAGCUAGAACAGCCUGAGAAGCUAGAACAAAUCAAGGAGGAAGAACAGCUAGAAGAGCCUGAGAAGCUAGAGGAAAUCAAAGAGGAAGAACAGCCAGAGCAGCUAGAGCAAACUAAGGAGGAAGAACAGCUAGAACAGCCUGAGAAGCUAGAGGAAAUCAAAGAGGAAGAACAGCCAGAGCAGCUAGAGCAAAUCAUGGAGGAAGCACAGCCAGAGCAGCAAGAACAGCCAGAGCACCAGAAUCUACAAGAACAGCCAGAGCAAAUGGAGCAGUUAGAACAGCCUGAGCAGCUAGAGCAAAUCAAGGAAGAAGAACAGCCUGAGCAGCUAGAACAGCCAGAGCAAAUGGAACAGUUAGAACAGCCAGUGCAAACAGAGCAGCUAGAACAGUCAGAACAAGUGGAGCAGCUAGAGGAAAUCAAGGAAGAAGAGCUAGAGCAGCUAGAACAACUGAAAGAGCUGGAACAGCUAGAAGAGCCAGAAACACUGAGCGCGACACACCAGGACCUGGUGAUGGAGGACAGAGAGACGCAGACUGAAACCCCAAACGGGGCCCGCUCCCUGCCCCAGGUGCUGGAGGACGCAGAGACGCAGACCGAGAAAUGGACCCCAAUGGUGGACAGGACGAAGAGGGAGGCUGGGAUGGUCACCAUAGAAAAGCUGGAGGAGAUACUCCGGCUGGAGCGGGAGGAGUCAGCGAGGCUGGCGGAGGGGGUGGCGCGACAGGCCGCGGAGAUGGCGAUUCGGCAGCUGGGGCAGGAGCAGGCGGGCCGAGGGGAGCGGGAAGGAGACGCCGGAGAGCAGUGCCUGGUGGAUGUGGGCCCCACUGAAGCUUCGACCAAACCGGAAGAAGCGCCGAAACCCGAACUGCAGGUGGACGAGAACGUGGUGACCAAACAGCCAACGACCGCAGAGACAGGCGCUCCUUCCCCGGCGGCGGCCCAGGAAGAAGAGGUCGCUGAGCAGGGGUGUGGAGUCCCCGCCAGCUGCAGCGCGGUACACAGCUGUUUUAGGCGUGUCCCCUUCCUGUCUCCGUGCCUGGACCGCUUCGCCCUCCUGCUGCACGAGAACAACAUCUCUCCGCCCAAGCUCCGCCUCCCCGGGGGCGUGGCCGAGCUCAGGCAGCAUUUACCCCAGCUCCCAAAACUGCCCAAGCUGGACCAGCUCACCCAAAACCUGCCCACGCCAAAGCUGCCCAAACUGCCCCAGCAAUUGCCCAAGCUGCCGCUUCAGCUGCCCAAGCUGCCAGAGAAACUGCCCCAGUUGCCCCAGCGGCUGACCAAGCUGCCCCAGCUCACCAGGCAGUGCUACCUGAACGUCCGCAACCGCCUCAGCGGCCCCACGCCUCAGCCGGAGCACCCGGAGCAGCAGGAUGCCUACAGCGUGCUGGAGCUCCCCAACGUGCCCAGCUACCCCCGCCUGCCCCCCAUCAGCCUUAGCAGGCCGGCGUCCGGGCUCUCCAACCCCGGCUUCCACCCGGACGACGGCCCCUCCUCCGCCCGGCCCUCAGAGAGCUCCAGGCUCAGCGUGCACCCGGCCGUGAACGUGGAGGAUGUGGACUCAGACGGAGAGGCAGGAGGGGGUCCCCGAAAUGUGCCCCGCAUCCUCACCCCGCAGGACCAGAACCCCAAGACCCUGACCGUGCCCGGCGUUUCCAUGGCAGCCCGGAGAACACGCAAACUGGAGAAGUUCUGGACUACGAUAAAGAAGCUGUACUCCCAGGAGGAUGAAGAUGAGGAGGAGGACCCGGACCAGGAGACCACCAUCAAGGCCUGGCCCAGUCAGGCCAGCCUCCUCAGCGUGGACGAUGGGCUGAAGGAGCGGCCUGCGUCAGCCGCCAGUCAGACCAGCACGGUGGUGCAGGAGCGUCUGCAGGAGCUGGUCAAGCUCUUCAAGGAGCGCACGGAGCGCGCCAAGGAGAAGCUCAUCGACCCCGACGACUCGGACGAGGAGAGCCCCACGGCCUCCCCUGCUAAGAAGGCCAGUGAAGCUCCUCCCCCUCCGCCCCCUCCCGCCGAGGAGCAGAAGGAGGCGACGGCUCCGGCCGAAAAGGAGGAAGAGGAGGCGGGGGAGUGGUACCAGCAGCUGUGGCGCAGGGUGAAGCUUCCGGGCUGGAUGAGCACACUCAUAAACUACCGCUUCCCCGCCAGCAUCGACCCCUACACCAACCUGAUGUACGUGCUGUGGCUGUUCUUCGUCACCAUGGCGUGGAACUGGAACGUGUGGCUGAUCCCCGUGCGCUGGGCCUUCCCCUACCAGACGCCCGGCAACAUCUACCUGUGGCUACUGGCCGACUACCUGUGCGACGCCAUCUACAUCCUGGACAUCCUGGUCUUCCAGCCCCGCCUCCAGUUCGUCAGGGGCGGAGACAUCGUGUGUGACAAAAAGGACAUGAGGGAGAACUACAUGAAAACUCUGCGCUUUAAGAUGGACGUGGCCAGCCUCAUUCCCCUGGAGCUGUUCUACAUCAAAACCGGCGUCAACUCGCUCCUCCGCUUCCCCCGCCUCCUCAAGUACAUGGCCUUCUUCGAGUUUAACGACCGCCUGGAGGCCAUCUUGAGCAAGGCCUAUAUCUACAGAGUCAUCCGCACCACCACCUACCUGCUGUACUCUCUGCACUGUAACGCCUGUCUCUUCUACUGGGGGUCGGACUACCAGGGUCUGGGCUCCACUAAGUGGGUGUACGACGGACUGGGAAACAGUUACAUCCGCUGCUACUACUUCGCCGUUAAAACCCUGAUCACCAUCGGGGGGCUGCCCGACCCCACCACGCUCUUCGAGAUCAUCUUCCAGCUGGUCAACUACUUUGUGGGAGUCUUCGCUUUCUCCAUUAUGAUUGGUCAGAUGAGAGACGUGGUGGGCGCGGCCACCGCGGGACAGACCUACUACCGCGCCUGCAUGGACAACACCGUCAAGUACAUGACCUCCUACCGCAUCCCGCGGGACGUCCAGCACCGGGUCAAGACCUGGUACGACUACACCUGGCAGUCCCAGGGCAUGCUGGAUGAGCAGGAGCUGCUCAUGCAGUUGCCGGAUAAGAUGCGGCUGGACAUCGCUGUGGAUGUGAAUUACUCCAUCGUCAGUAAAGUCGCUCUUUUCCAGGGCUGUGACAGGCAGAUGAUCUUUGACAUGCUGAAGAGGCUCAGGUCUGUGGUCUACCUCCCAGGCGACUACGUCUGCAAAAAGGGGGAGAUUGGCCGGGAGAUGUACAUCAUUAAGGCGGGGGAGGUGCAGGUGGUGGGCGGGCCCGACGGGAAGACAGUGUUCGUCACGCUGAGGGCGGGGUCUGUGUUCGGGGAAAUCAGCUUGCUGGCGGUGGGCGGCGGGAAUCGGCGGACGGCCAACGUGGUGGCGCACGGCUUCGCCAACCUCUUCAUCCUGGACAAGAAGGACCUGGCGGAGAUCCUGGUCCACUACCCCGAGUCCCAGAAGCUGCUGCGCAAGAAGGCCAAGAAAAUGCUGACUAAGGACAAGAAGCCGGCAGGUGACAAGGGCGAGGGGAAGGAGGGCGCCCAGGUGAUCCCCCCACGGCCCGAGACCCCCAAACUGUUCAAAGCUGCUCUGGAGAUGACCCAGAAGUCCGGCCUGAAGGGAACCCUCUCCCUGCUGAAGAAGACCUACAAGACCAGCGCCAGGCCCUCCAGCUCCUCCCCCACCCCCGGCGGCCCGGCGGAGGACGAGGACGACGUGGUGGCGGAGAGCAAGGACGGCUCGGCGCUGAUCCGGCUGUCGCCCGCGCCGCAGGGAGAGGACGUCCUGUCCGUGGAGCUGCAGCCGGGGGAGGGAGGCGCGGAGGGCGGGGAGGAGCCCGGGCAGCAGCAGCAGGAGGAGGAGAAGGAGGAGAAGAAGAAAGGGGAGCCCAAGGAGUAGCCUGGGUGGCCGGGGUAAGAAGGCCCACGGCGUGAGAAUCCGCCGCCCUUCCCUCUCGUCCCGGAACAGGACGUCUUGAUCUCUUGCGCUUAGGAGCCCCGAAAAGGCCACGCCCGGUCCACGCCCUCGCCCCGCCCGCUCACGGCCCCUGGGGAGCGGCGCCUGCUUCCAGGCUGAGUCAGCCACCCGGAGUAACCACGGAAACCGCACAGCCGCCAUCGCGCACCCUGCUCUCCCCUCGCUCUCUCGCCAGGAAAACGAUCGAGCGAAGACGCGCGCUGUGGAAAAGUCUAUUUUUCGAUCCCCUCUCUGACCCCUGGGGGACGCCAAUACCUAUAAUUUCUGUUUUUUUUUAUUUUCCUUUUGUUUUGUGAUUGAAACCCGAGCGGUGUUUUAGGUCCUUCCCGGGGUAUCACAGCGACUGAGGGCGUCCGCCGUCCCAUAGCUGGACCCCCCGGGGACGGGCCCUUAAACCUGCGUGGGGACGGGAUAUCUCCAGGUCUGCUCUGCUGAAACUGUUUUACACACAACCGGUCCCAAGGACCUGCCAAAACACAGCUUAAACCCCCUCCACCCGUCACUUGCCCCCCCAUACAGGCGCUGUCCCUCUGCCUAGUAACAGUGCUCUCAUUGGCUCCUGUAGGACCCAGGAGCCACAUAAUAAAUUUCUGUGCUUAGUUUUUUUUUAGUUUUUUUUUUACUGAACUUUGA